CGUGAUAUCGAGUGAUGUGUCUGGCACACAUCCCAUCACUGCAACCUCCAAUAGUCUCUGUAGCUCCGGGUGUCUCCUCGUCUCGCGCAGCACAAGAUGCCAGAAUGGCCGCGGUUCAUCCAUGGCUGGACGAUGACACGGUGGAGAAAGACCUGGGCUAGAGGGGCUUGGCGCGAGGCGUGCGAAAUACGAAUUGUGUGCGCUGGGACACGGAGAGUUUUUCUUUGUCCCGCGAAGCAUGUGGUAUGUUGUUGUUGUUGUGCUGUGCGGCUUAUGGCUGCUAGGACCGGCACCGCUAGAUACCUUCCUCUACGCAUCAUUACGGUGUUACUUCAUGAUCAGCAGCAGCGCUCGCACUGAUGAUCAAGCCUGUUUUACAUGCCACUUCACCAAGUCUCCAAUGCGGA